UAACGAUACGAUAUAAUCACUACGACGUACUUGUUUCUUUUUAAAUUUUUAUUAAUUUACUUCAUUUGUAUUGACUGCGAAUACAAAAUAACAAUAUUGAAUAAAUCCAGUUAUAAUUAAUUAUGUUCAAAUAUGGAUGCCAUGUUUGAUAUUUGUUACCUGACACCCGACGGUAAUAACGUUGAACCCGAUGAUAUUCCUAAGACAAAGGAAAAUGUGUGGAUAUUAGGGAAGAAAUACAGCCCUGUACAAGACUUGGAUCGAAUACGGCGAGAUAUUACAUCGAUUUUAUGGUUUACAUAUAGAAAGGGAUUCGUUCCGAUUGGCGAUGAAGGUCUUACGUCAGAUAAGGGUUGGGGAUGCAUGCUACGUUGUGGGCAGAUGGUCCUUGGAGUCUCCUUGCUGCGAAUACAUUUAGCUUCAGACUGGGUGUGGACUCCUGAAACUAGAGAUCCAACCUAUUUGAAGAUUAUUCAAAGAUUUGAGGAACGGAAACAGGCUCCAUAUUCAAUACAUCAAGUAGCUUUAAUGGGUGCCAGUGAAGGCAAGGAAGUGGGUCAGUGGUUUGGACCAAACACAGUGGCACAAGUACUGAAAAAAUUAGUUGUUUAUGACAAAUGGAGCUCUCUUGUUAUACAUGUUGCUUUAGACAAUACAGUGGUGAAAGAAGAUAUUUUACAGCAGUGUAUAGUAAGAAAUGAUAAUGGUGAUACACACGAUAAUGUUCACAUAACUGAUUGGAUGCCUCUGCUGCUUAUAGUGCCGCUCAGACUUGGCCUCAGUGAGAUCAACCCUGUAUAUGUUGAUGGGUUAAAGAUGUGCUUCCAGUCUCCCCAAUCGAUUGGUGUAAUUGGCGGUAAACCAAAUCAAGCGCUAUAUCUAAUAGGGUGUGUUAGCGACGAGGUUAUAUAUUUAGACCCCCACACCACUCAAAGAUCUGGUCCCGUCGAAAACAAGCAAACAGAUGAGCAAAAAGAAAUGGACUGUUCAUAUCACUGUAAAUUCGCUUCUCGUAUACCGAUACUUACCAUGGAUCCCUCAGUUGCUGUGUGUUUCCUUUGUCGAACGAGAACUGAUUUUGAUGAGCUAUGCAAAACAAUUGAAGAAAAUCUGAUGAAAGAGUCUCAACCAUUAUUUGAGAUUUGCGAGAAGAGACCCUCACAUUGGGGUCCAAAUACCAAUGAUAUAGACUUACAGAACACCAAUCUCUUUACUGAAUUCGAAGAUGUGGACAGACAAUUUGAUGAUUCAGAUGAUGAAUUCGAAAUUCUAUGAGGUUUAGCUAAGUUUUAUGUAUUCUUAUUAAAUUACAAAUUCACAUAUUCAUGAUACGAGUAUUCAUGGUGGUCCAUGUCAUGAUAACCAAUAUAUUAAAACAUGGUACCGUAAUCAACAAAAUGUACAUGAUUAAUAUGCAAUAAUGAACGGAAAUUUUAUUCAAUAGAAUCUACUGCAUGCCUUAAAUAGAAAUAAAAUUAUACAAAUUUUCGUAGAUAAUAAAUUUUAAAUGGAUAAACGCUCAUGUAAUGGCCACGUAAAUGACCAAUGUAAGUAAUACAUCAUUGGAUACGUUUUGUAAAAAUCGUAUAUGAUAUUAUAUCAACUUGAUAGAUGUAGGCAACUGCAUAAGCGCUCAAAUAUAUUUUUGUUACAUUGUUACUAAACAAAUUUUGUCUUUAUUCUAUGCACGAUAAUGUCUUUUUCAUAAAUAAUGUUUGUAAAUUAUUUGCUUAAUACAAAAAUAUAUUAGACUGUAUAGGAUAAGAGAAUAUUAUUUGCAGUGCCUUUUUAAAUGAAACAUGCAAUAAACAUCACAUGCCCCUCCA